UGGUCAGUCCGCCUGAUCCGUUCGAAGGAGUUAGUCUCGUGGCUGCUCGCUGGAUUACUUUGUUUCCUUAUUUAAAGGAAUUUUAAUUCAGGUGUUAGUGCGUUUCAAUAUUCUGAAAAAUGCCUAGGGACAAAGCAGCCGACCAACUGAAUGAUUUUAAGGAAUCACAGAAGGGUAAAACUGAAGCUUUGACUACCGCUUCUGGUUGCCCAAUUGGCGAUAAAUUGAAUUCUUUAACAAUUGGAGAAAGAGGUCCAGUGCUGCUUCAAGAUGUGGUCUAUUUGGAAGAAAUGGCACAUUUUGAUAGGGAAAGGAUCCCUGAAAGAGUUGUUCAUGCUAAAGGUGCUGGUGCAUUUGGAUAUUUUGAAGUGACACAUGAUAUCUCAAAGUAUACUAAGGCUAAAAUCUUCAGUGAAAAGGGCAAAAGAACUCCUCUGGCUGUCAGAUUUUCAACAGUUGGUGGUGAAUCUGGAUCUGCUGAUACUGUCAGAGACCCUCGUGGAUUUGCUGUGAAAUUCUACACUGAAGAAGGAAACUGGGAUUUGGUUGGAAAUAACACUCCAAUUUUUUUCAUUCGUGAUCCACUCUUGUUUCCCAGCUUCAUUCACACUCAGAAGCGAAAUCCCGUCACCCACUUAAAGGAUAUAGACAUGUUCUGGGACUUUAUUACCCUUCGUCCUGAAACAACUCAUCAAGUGUCUUUCCUAUUCUCUGACCGUGGUAUUCCAGAUGGUUACAGGCACAUGAAUGGCUAUGGCUCGCACACGUUUAAACUGGUUAAUGCCCAAGGUGAAGCAGUUUAUUGCAAAUUCCAUUAUAAGACUGACCAAAAAAUUAAGUGCCUCCCAGUUGAAAAAGCAAAUGAACUGUCUGGUUCCGACCCAGAUUACUCCAUCCGGGAUCUGUACAACGCCAUUGAAGCUGGUAACUAUCCAUCUUGGACCAUGUACAUUCAAGUAAUGACAUUCAAACAAGCUGAAACAUGGAAGUUCAACCCAUUCGAUUUAACAAAGGUUUGGCCUCAUGGAGAAUUUCCUUUAAUACCUGUAGGGAAAAUUGUACUUAAUAGGAACCCUAAGAAUUAUUUUGCUGAAGUUGAACAACUUGCAUUUUCACCUGCACAUUUAGUUCCAGGAAUUGAAGCAAGUCCAGAUAAAAUGCUUCAGGGACGUCUUUUUGCAUAUACUGAUACACACAGACAUAGGCUUGGUACAAAUUUCUUGCAAAUUCCUGUCAAUUGUCCUUUCCGUGCUCGACCAAGAAAUUAUCAGAGGGAUGGCCCACAGUGUGUUGAUGAAAAUCAAAAUGGUGCUCCGAAUUAUUAUCCAAACAGUUUUAGUGGCCCAGUAGAUGAUUCUAAAUGUAAAGAGCAUGUAUUCAAAGCAACUGGAGAUGUUGCUAGGUUUAAUAGUGCUGAUGAUGAUAAUUUCACACAACCAGGAAUAUUUUACCGAAAGACUUUGAAUGAUGCUGAAAGAGCUCGUUUGGUGAGCAAUAUUGUUAACCAUUUGGUCGACGCUAAGGAUUUCAUUCAAGAAAGAGCAGUUAAAAACUUCACCCAAGCUGAUCCAGAGUAUGGACGACACAUAAAGGAAGGAUUGGAGAAAUUGAAGAAUGAGAGAGCAAAAAUCUAAAGAAGCAUGUGAUCAUAUGAAACUAUCUCGAUCUCAAAAAAAUUGGAAGUAUAAAAAUCAGAAAUAGACUUUGGAUUUUGAUUUUUUUAAGUGCUAUCAUCACUUCCAAUUUGUUUUCAGUGCAGUUUUGCACACAAAUUUCAACUUUUUGUGUAAUUUUUUUAAUGCAAUAAAUGAUUUAUUUAAAUA